AUGGCCGGCCGCCGCGAUUGCCGCGUGUAUAUUGGGAAUCUUCCACCUGAUAUUAGACAGCGUGAUUUGGAAGACUUAUUUUACAAAUAUGGACACAUCAAUUUCAUUGAUGUCAAACUUACACGUGGAGCACCAUUCGCUUUUAUCGAGUUUGACGAUCCACGUGACGCGCGUGAUGCAAUUCGUGGACGUGACGGUUAUGAAUUAGAUGGUUGCCGAAUCAGAGUUGAAAUGACUCGAGGGGUCGGUCCUCGUGGUCCAGGUGGUCGUCCUCUCUACGGUCCUGAUCGUGGAGAACGUGAUCGAAGACCGCCACCUCCUCGUGGCCCUCCACGCCGCAGUGGAUAUCGUGUUUUGGUAACUGGUCUACCAGUAACAGGAUCUUGGCAAGAUCUGAAGGAUCACAUGCGUGAAGCUGGUGACAUUUGUUACGCAGAUGUUUUCAAAGAUGGGACUGGUGUCGUUGAAUACACUAGACAAGAUGACAUGAAGUAUGCAAUCAAAAAGCUUGAUGACACGAAGUUCAAGUCUCAUGAGGGUGAAACGUCUUACAUCCGAGUGAAGGAGGCAGCAAUCGAUGAUCGUUACAGGUCGCGUUCACGGUCCCCUCGUGGUUCUCCGAAGUACAGCCCGAAGUCGGCUUCUCGUUCGCGAUCUCGCUCGCCGAUACAUUCCGCAUCACCUGCGCGAUCCUCUCGCUCACGUUCACAAUAA